CAAUGUGUUGUACUAAAACACUUUGUCUUCGUCUUCGAACUCGCAAUUGAAAUAGAAUGGCAUUUCACAAUCACAGAACCUCAAAGGGAAAACCAAAAGCAUUCAGAUCUCCAGUUUUGGUCCUUGGCGCAGCAGUGAUAGCGAUUGCGCUCUUGUUCUUGUUAUGUUCCAUGGUUUCGACAAGUGGGUCUUCAAAAUCCGAACGUGAACAGCGUCACCAAUUUGACAAGUAUCUCUACUGGGGCAACAGAAUCGACUGCCCCGGAAAACACUGUGGAUCUUGUGAGGGUUUGGGUCACCAGGAAUCAAGCCUCAGGUGUGCCCUUGAAGAGGCCAUGUAUCUUCGCAGGACUUUUGUCAUGCCAUCGAGGAUGUGUAUUAAUCCAAUACAUAAUAAGAAAGGGAUCCUUCAUCAUUCCAGUAAUGCUAGUUCUGAGGAACGGUGGGCAGCAAGUUCUUGUGCCAUGGAUUCUUUAUAUGACAUUGACCUCAUAUCGGAGACUAUCCCCGCAAUUUUUGACAAUUCAAAAGAGUGGUAUAGGGUUCUAUCAACAAGCAUGAAGUUGGGAGCCAGAGGAGCUGCCCAUGUGGAAGGAGUUAGCCGUGUUGAUCUUAAAGAAAAUAAUCGCUACUCUGAUCUGUUGCUCAUAAACAGAACAGCUAGCCCACUUUCUUGGUUUAUGGAAUGCAAGGAUCGAAACAACCGUAGUGCUAUAAUGUUGCCAUAUUCAUUUCUGCCCUCAAUGGCUGCACAAAAACUAAGAGAUGCAGCAGAAAAGAUCAAAACACUACUUGGUGAUUAUGAUGCCAUCCAUGUUCGUCGCGGGGAUAAAAUAAAGACCAGGAAGGAUAGAUUUGGCGUAGUAAGGAGUCUCCACCCUCACCUAGAUAGGGAUACUCGGCCUGAGUUUAUAAUAUGUAGAAUAGCAAAGUGGGUCCCUCCUGGAAGAACCUUGUUUAUUGCUUCAAAUGAAAGGAUUCCAGGGUUUUUUUCAUCGCUUUCCGUCAGGUACAGAUUGGCAUAUUCGUCAAAUUAUAGCCAUGUCUUGGAUCCAUUGAUUGAGAACAAUUACCAAUUAUUCAUGAUCGAGAGGCUUAUAAUGAUGGGUGCUAAAUCGUUCAUUAGAACAUUCAAGGAAGGUGAGACAGAUCUUAGCCUCACUGAUGACCCAAAAAAGAACACUAAAGCUUGGCAGAUACCUGUUUACAAUGCGGAUGAAACUUGCUGACAUCUACACCUCGUAUGCUAAAAUUUGUAUGCGAUGCAUACCCUAAAUCUUUAAGAAGAAAUUAUUGUUGAGGGGAAAAUGAGGUUGUCUUUGUUGUAAAUUAUGAUGUUACCUACGGUCAAAAUUUCAUUAAUUCAUUAAAUGUAUGUACUUGUGUCACAGCAAAGCUGAAGUGGCCACAAAUUUUGUUGCUGGACACUAGUUUGUGUGCACUAGUCUUGAUCCAAAACUAGGCUUUGUACACGUAAAAUUCUACUUUAGUAUCACCCCCAAAGAAUUGCCCAACAAUUGACCCUUUAUUCUUGCUCGGUGUAAACCACCAGAGAUGGUGUAAACAAACCUGCAAGGUUCUUCCUCGGGAUCCAUUGGAGUGUUGAUAGGGGCUCAUUAACGUUGUUCUUGGCUUCCUCCUCUUGGCAAGAGAGAUUUGUCCCUCUACUUAUCUAGCUAGGGAGCAUUUUGCCCAUUCCUUUUGGUUUCCUAUGGGAAUUAGGGUUGUGGCUGUUAGCUUAUUUCUGAUUUGGUGAAUUUCUAGAGGGCUCCAUCACGGUUUAGCUGCUCUAUUGAAUGGUGAAGCUGAAUGCAAUUUCCCGUUUCAUGGUCGAAUCCUCCCAGGAACUUGUAGAGUAUUCGG